AUGCCACCAAAACGAAAGACUAAGAAGCGGCCUCGGGGGCCCACAACCGUUCCUCCAGAAGACUUGAUUGAUCCCGUCCAGCGGAAGGAAAUACUCAAGGCCUUCGAACGAUCUUUGGAUGGAGAAAAAGAUACCUUAUCGAUAAGGGAAUCCAAGAGAGCGCUGAAGGAACUGGGAGUAGACGUCAAGUCAGAAGAAAUUCGAUCACUCUCAAACGAAGAAGAAGAUAUUCAACUCGAUGAAUCAUCCUUUUUACAUUUUGCUGCGCUCAAACUGACACAGUUGGAAAAAUCCAACAAGGCCUUUGAUUUGAUCGAUACCGGUGGUAAGGGAGUGGUCGUGGUGCAAGAUUUGGCGCGAGUCGCCAAGGAACUAGACGAAGAUUUGACAGAGGAGGAAUUGGUUGAAAUGAUGGAUUUUGUAGACCGAUCUGGAGAUGGAAUGCUCAGUCGAAAGGAUUUUGCAAGAAUUGCAAAGAAAGUGCACCUGUGA